UCCAUCCCAAAAUUUGUAUCUCCUAGUCUCAGGGCAAAUUCCGACUCCAUUGAAGGGCUCGAGUCUUUAUCCGUCCAGCUCUAUCGGCUUUGCAGAAGAAAGCCAUGUUGGAAACCAAGGCAAGUCCAAAUAUCAGCAAGUCAACGGGCCUGCCUCGGAAGCGUUUCUACAGAGCACGAGCACACAGCAACCCAUUAAGUGAUUCUCACUUCCCAGUGCCUAUCUCCCCUAGUCAUGUUGACUACUCCCUUCAUUACCCUCAUGUGUUCCUCCCCUCUUCUGAUCAGAAUGAUAGCUCCAAAAAGAUCCAGUUUGCAGAUAUUGGUUGUGGUUUUGGAGGACUGCUAAUCAGUCUUUCAACCCUUUUCCCUGAGACCCUAAUGAUUGGCAUGGAACUUAGGGAUAAGGUUACUGAGUAUGUCAAGGAGCGGAUUUUAGCACUGAGGGUGGCAAAUCCAGGCCAAUACCAAAAUAUCUCAGUGACGCGGACAAAUUCCAUGAAAUACAUUCCGAAUUACUUUGAGAAAGGACAGCUUUCAAAGAUGUUCUUUUUGUUUCCGGAUCCUCACUUCAAAGAGAAGAAUCAUAGACGUCGGGUGAUCAGUACACAUUUGCUAGACGAGUAUGCUUAUGCUCUUGGGGUUGGUGGGAUCAUUUACACAAUUACAGAUGUAGAAGAACUGGGAGAGUGGAUGAAGGCUUGUUUAGAAAGUCAUCCCAUGUUUGAAGCCCUCACAGAGAAAGAGCUUGAAGCAGAUCCAGUUGUAGAGCUCUUGAGUUCUGCCACCGAGGAAGGACAGAAGGUUGCUAGGAAUGGCGGACAGACUUUCCGAGCCGUUUACAGACGCAUUAUGCCACCAUUAUAAUACAUAGAAAAACUUUUAAGGUUGCUCAAAUGACAAAUGCAGUUGAUUAAUCGGAUCAUUAACUUGGCACGGUAGCAUAUAUUGUUGUUCAGCAAGUCUUCAGGCGGAUCGUCUAUUUUUUGAAAAUUGUAUUUUGCUCUUUUCUUGUGAUGUUGAGACUACUACAAACAUUUUCGGGAAGUUGAUAGUUUUUCCAAUUGACUUCUAAUUU